AUGAUUGGGGACUAUCUGCACCGCACAAAUGUUGCCGAAUCCAGGUGGAACGUGGAACUGGAACAGAGAACUCAAUUUUUGGCCAAUGCCCUAAAUGCCAUGACAGUGGAUGCUGUGGCGGUUAUGAAAGAAGCUUUGUUCAUAUUGGACAGUCCCCAGGCCAGCACAGACGACCAGAUCGAAAGCUUAGAUGUCAUAAGGAGCCACAUAGACGACAUCGAUAAUGCCAUAUCCCUAGUGAAGCUGGGCGGAACAGCAACAUUACUUCGCUAUAUAACUGGUGUGGACAACGAAAUACGAUCCGCGGCCCUCAACACGGUUGCCGAGGUGGCGCAAAACAAUGUGUUUUGCCAGAACGCCCUCGUAAACGAUAAAUUCCUACCUGUUCUUCUGAAGAAUUUGAGCGAUACCGAUCAAAACAUAGUACGAUGUUCCUUGUAUGCGAUAUCAACGCUGAUACGAAACUUUGAGCCUGGAUACCUCGAGUUUAAGCGAAUCCAGGGUAUCAGCGCUUUGAUAACCUGCUUAAAAAUUGCAAAUGUAAACGUCUACGUUAAAGCUGCGUUCCUCAUCGCAUCUUUAUCAUCAAUCGACCAAUCUGUCAAAGGUAUAUGAUUUCUAAAAGAAGACGUGUUUCCGGUGCUAGUGGACAACCUUAAACCCGUUGAGGACUUUGAUAUCAAAACAGAAACCACUCUUUUCGCACUAUCAUCACUUUCGCUGGAAUCAGACCUAAAACUUUCUACCGACAAACGCGAGGAAAUCCUGUCUACUCUCCAACAAAUCAUUUCCAAAAACAAACAGUCCGAAAAUUGUGAAGACAUGGUUACAUAUGCAAGAAUUAUUGUGGACAACUUAAAUGCACGUUAAGGGCUAAAUCAAAUCAGUUUUUCACGUAAAAUGUAAGCUAAAUAAAACAGUUUCGAAAGUAUAUAUAAUUUACAAAACUUUUAGGAAAACACAUUCCUGUGUUUUUAAUUUUGUAACAAUUUAUUAAUUUCAAUUUGUCAUUAUGUCGGCAAUGUGUCAAAAUCGUCUCCAACUGAAACGAUCGGAACGUGUUCCAAAUUAACAUCAAUCGGAUUGUCGCAGAGCCUAUUUCGUUUCGCGAAUAAAUUCCAAUCCAUGACCUGAACGGCGUGCAGACUUUCGGCCUCGUUAUGAUGCCGCAACACCAUGGAUUCCUGAAA